GCGUAGCGGGCGCAUUUAGCGCAGCGCUGGCAGGGCUAGCCAGAAGGAAAGGUGGAGGGAAGCGAGCGCUGAGGCUAACAAGAAACCUGUGAGAACCACAGCAGAAGCAGCGGAAGCUUUUUAUGCAUUUGAAGCUUUGCACAAGGGGAGGAGACUGAAACACUGAAGCAUUGACUGUGCCACACCACAGCUCAGAGAGAAGACAGCAAUGCUUCCCAGAGGGGCCCUGCAAGAAACAGAUUGCUUCCACCUCUAAUCAAAGCAGCUCCUGCUGGUCUGGAGUUGAGAUUCCCCCCCCCUCUCUUUUACCCCUCCCUUGGAGAUGAACCAGAGGUUCAGUUUGCCCUCCACCUUGCCUGAAAUCUGCAUCAGCAAUGAUACUAUAGCCAGAUCUGAUCACCAAAGAGGGAGGGAGAUUUUUCCAUUUAAAGCUAGGCUGCUAUUGCAACUGAACCAAGAUUCAUCCUUUAUUUUUUAAAAAAAUUGGGUUGUGAGCUUUUUUUAUUUUGUUUCACACUUCGAAAUACCAUCAUUUCCAUCUGUUUUCAAAGCUGCUGCUGAUCCUGUUUUUCUUUAACAAAAACUGGAAGUAAAAAAAAAAUUGGUCUUGUUUAAGUGUGCCCAUGGCUUUUUUGAUGAAGAAAAAGAAGUUCAAAUUUCAAACCAGUUUCACGCUGGAGGAGCUGACUGCUGUCCCUUUUGUGAAUGGUGUUCUAUUCUGCAAAAUUAGACUGCUGGAUGGAGGAGACUUUGUCACUUUGUCUUCAAGAGAAGAGGUUCAGGAAAAUUGUGUGCGCUGGAAGAAGAAAUUCACCUUCGUCUGCAAAAUGAGUGCCAAUCCUGCCACUGGCCUUCUGGAUCCCUGCAUGUGCCGUGUGUCUGUCCGCAAGGAACUGAAAGGUGGAAAAACCUAUUCCAAGCUCGGCUUUGCUGAUCUGAAUCUGGCCGAAUUUGCUGGCUCAGGGUUCACUGUACGAUGCUGUUUGCUGGAGGGAUACGAUACCAAGAAUACACGGCAGGAUAAUUCCAUCUUGAAGGUUAUGAUUGGAAUGUCCCUGCUCUCUGGAGACCCCUGCUUCAAAACACCUCCAUCCACAGCGAAAUCUAUCACCAUCCCAGGUGAGGACUCCACCCUGCAGUUGACCUGUAAAGGCGAAGGGACAAGCAGCAGCACCCCUGCCAUGAUUGGCUCCGUCCGUCAGAACAAGUCCAGACCCACGGUCCUCGGCUCAGGUGUACCAGAGGAACCAGACCAGAACCUGUCCAGUCCAGAGGAAGUAUUCCACUCAGGGCAUUCACGGAACUCCAGUUACGCCAGCCAGCAAUCCAAAAUCUCUGGCUACAGCACUGAGCACUCGCGGUCCUCCAGCAUGUCUGACCUGACCCACCGCCGGAAUACCUCCACUAGCAGCAGUGCCUCUGGAGGGCUCAGCAUGACGGUUGAGUGCCCUGAAGGCGAGCGGGAGCACAAGCUGGAGAAGCCCCCCCGCCCACCAAGACCAAACCUCCUCCUAGAUAGAUCGUCUAGGAGGAAAAAGGAUUCUGUGGAAAGUCAUCCCACGUGGGUGGAUGACACCAGGAUCGAUGCUGACGACAUAGUGGAGAAAAUCAUGCAGAGUCAGGACUUCACAGACGUCAGCAACACAGAAGAUAGUAACCUGAGGCUGUUUGUGAGCAGAGACGGCACAACUACACUGAGCGGGAUUCAGCUUGCCAACAGGGUCUCAUCUGGAGUUUAUGAGCCAGUGGUAAUCGAAACCCAUUAAAUGUGAAAAGGCCAGGGUGGACCUGCUGGAAAUGGUUACCUCCCUGACCACACUCACGUUGGAUGCCAAUUUUCCUUCAAUUUUUUCUCUUCACGCAACAUUCCAGGCAGGACUCCUGAGGUCCCUUCCCUGCCACGUGCAGUGCAGAUCUGUUCCAACAGCAGAACACUCCAAAAGGUGCACUUUUCUCAAGACCACCUCAUGGCUCCUCAAAUUCAUCCCAGUAUCUGGAAGCCUCCAGCAAUUUCCUGCUGAACGCAAGCGUUGCCUCAAAAGUCUCCGAGUUGGUAGAGGAGAUUUCCUCGACUCCAUCCCAGAUCCUCAUUCCACAAGCUGUCUCUCGGCGUGGGAUUUCUUCAAUCCUGUCUAUGUAAAUCAUGGGGUUAUACCACUGUGAUGCUGUUUAUUUUUCUCUUUUGAAAACUGCUGAAAUUUAGGGGAGGAAAAAAAUUCUAGCUAAUGGAAUGCCGAGGCAAAGAGAGCAGAAAUUCAGGCGCCUUGCAGAACACAGGUUUUUCUUCAACGGGCUCUGCGGACGGCAAGAAAAGCAUUACUUUUCUGUGUGAAUAACCACUAAAGUGCAGCACCUGAAAAUGUAUCUUGAAGCCCCAAAGAUGAUCCAUUCAUGGGGAGAGUCUUUUUGUUUUCCAAAAGUGCUUUUCAGAAGUCACUAGUAGAUGGAACUUGGUAUUUUUUAAAUCACAUAUGAUGGAUGCUUAAGCGCCUGUUAGCAUUGUCAGCUGCCAUCUUGCAGAAAUCCCCCUUCCAGUGCAGAGCAUGGAAGGGGGGCAUCUUUCCUCGGUUUCUAUUAGAGGGAGCACUUUAAAAGAUUCUGAACAAACCCCAGAAAAGGCCCUGCAAAGGGCCAUUUUCAGACAGCCACUAUCGUAUGCGGGAGUGGCUAAGCCCUUGUGGGGUGCACAGAUACGAUUCUGCCUACUCACUUGAGGCCAGUAAAGAAACUUUUUAAAGGUGUUCCAGCAUUGCUAUUUUCCAGAACAAAAAAAAGGGUGGGAGGUCAGGACGUGUUUUUCAGCCUGCAUGGGAGUUGGUUCAGCUCUUCCAGAUCUAGAACACAAUUGAGUUUAUUUGCUCAUCUCACUAGGCCUUGAUAGGGAGCUUGGGGUGUGCUUGCUGUUUAGAAAACUAGCCCCCCCCCCCCGCCCUCUUUGCCACAUCCAUCGUGGAGAUGUUUUGUCUAAAAUGUGCCUCAACCUGACCAAUCUGUUGUGAAGUAUAUGAAUUCCUACUCACCUUGAUGGACCAAGUGAGGCCUGAUCCACACAUACAACAGAAUGAGGUAGAGUCUUGAGCUAGUAGAAGGGACUGUACCAACCGGCUGCCCUUUUUAAAAAAAAGUUAGCUCAUGUUGAAAAAGUAACUGCACAAAAAAACAGCAUGACAGAGAGAGACAUUCUAGCCUGGUUUGCAGCCUGCUGAGCUAGUUUUCUACUUGCAAAUGGUAUUUUAUGCAGUGCAAGUUAAAGAAUUGAUCCUCCUCCUGCAGUCUAAAUUAUGACAGAGACAGACCACUUUGCUACCUCAUUCUGCUGCAUGUGAACUGCCCCCCCCCCAGGUUUCUAAAGAAAGAUAAAGUUUAACUGUGUCCUCAUCCUGUUUUACCGCUUGCAUGUUUUUCCUGAUGCUAAAGCCUCCUUUCUAGUGUUGAGGUGUGGCAGAGAAGAGCAUUACAGUGGGCAGGGAAGAGGUCAGACGUUUCUAAACUAAUUUCCUCCCACCCCUUUCUAAUUUCCUGACAGCAAGAUAUCCAGGCAGAGAUUGAAGGGACAUUCCUGCCUUGAGUUAGCUGCAGGCAAGAAAGGCUUUGUGAUCCUUUCAGUAGAUAAACUACCUUGCAGCACUCCUUUUCCCCCCUCCCUCUUUUUGCUGUUGUGUGUAACUGGGGUGUUAGCCACGCUGGGGGCACCCGGCAAACCAGAGUAUGAUAGAGGUCACUGCAUUCUGUUGAUGUGUGUGCACACAGAGCACCUGUGUACGUACACACCUAUGUGCAUGCACACACUUUUUCACUUGCAGCAGGAACAGAGUUGGGGGUGGGGAUCUUAAGUCUCCUCUCACCCCCUUCCAGUUAAUUAUACCAAUGAGGGUUUUUUUUUCCAGAAAUAAUGACUGUUUUAUAACAGGCAUGUUUGUGGGUGGACCACCACAGAAGGAAUCUGGCAUCAGAAGAGAAAGCUACCACUACCAGGUUGCUAUAACUACGAAUAGGCCAGGUUGCUGCAUUUCAGAAAGGAAGUGCUUGGCCGUUUCAUGGGAAGCAGCUCUUGCUCUUGCUGUCUCCUACUAAAUAGGGAUUGCAUUCUCUUAGGGGUGGUAGGGAGAUGUGCUUUAGAAGCAGAGCUAGAGAUGGUGAGUAUGCAGUUCAGGUGUGGAAUAGGUGAAAAAAUGUGAUUUCCUCCACAAUUGCUUGGUUCUUGUGCCUGGUGCACUGGACAAUGGAGUAACACCUUUAUUUCCUACCAUGACAAGGGUAGUUAGUUUAAGUCAUAGCACCACAAAAGACUUGUAAUACAGGCUUUACUAUGGGGAUUGGGGUUAUGCAGUCCUGGAUUUUUUCUUUUAAAAGGGGAAAGAGACCGCAAUAAUAAUCACUCUGGCUCUUGGUCCAUGCUCCAAGUGCAGCAAAGGUUGGUUUACUGAUCAGAGGCCGUAGAGAUGCUUCUUUAGCACGGAGCUGUUUCUUCAGGCCAAAGGGUGACAUUAUUGCCAGCCUUCAGUUAUCAAAGUACUGCAAAACCUGUAGAGGAUCACAGAGUCUCUGGAUGGAAGGAUGGCUUCCAGCAGUGGUUUGUAUCGCUUCUGAAUAGGGAAGCUCUGGAAGGAAAAGCAUGGCCCUGAGACUAGGGAGAAUAGCUAGAACUGAGGAUCUCGAGAAUGCCAGAAGCCAGGCAAUCGAGCAGGCCUGGGGAUGUGAGCAGGCAAGAGGGUUCAUGCCAGCUUAGGAACCAGAAAUCCAUGUUUGGGAUUCUAGGUUAAGAGGACUUUGGCUAGCUUGCAUGGAGAGGACUGUGCUGAUAUGUAUCAUCUGGACCUGAGAAAAAUGAAGGGCCAUUUCGGGGUUUAUAACCUCACUUUGCAUCCCUGGUCAUGUUGCUAAUGACUACUUGGGGUUUCUUAGGGUUUCUCUUCCAAUGUUAGGUGACUUUCUGGCUUCUUGAAACAACACAAAGCUUAUGAAAGCAGGUUGAGUGCUUGACAGAGUCACUUAUUCUGUAUAUCCAGUUCAGUCUGUACACUUGCUAGUAAAAACCAAGUGAGCUGGAAGGAGUUUGGGAAGGUUUCCCCGCACAACCCACCUUGGAAUUCCAUCUGUGGCUCUUACAACUGUGGUCCACUAGUUAAGUCUGUGAUGGUAGAGCUGGGAGCUCUUUAAAAAUCUUCUCUUAACACCAAUUCUGCUGCUUCCUCAAAUGUCGUUCACCUUGCGAGCACUUUCUCUCUUGGCAUGUUCGAUGUCUUCUUCCUAGUUGACUUGUUGACGUAGAACAUCGGGGAACAUUGAGGAGGGUUUUUUUUCUUAAUUAUUACAGAAAUUCUCCAACCACUGGUUUUGUUUGGAUAUCUUUUCCUUUUCUCUCUUUUUUUUUUGUCUUGAAGAUUUAUUGAAUUUUGUUUAAAACCCAGCAGGCUGGUGUUUCGCAGCUUUUAAAAAACCAAUUGUUGUUUCAUUACUUUUUUAAUUCCUGUUUUGGGCAAGGAGAUGCUCCCUUUCUAAUUGUUGUUUACUUUCAAAAUCCAGAAGUUUUCAAGAGUGACAAUUUUUUUUUGCCAAUUGCCCCUAUCAAAUUUGUAGCCCUUGGAUCUUGUGAGAAAAUCUGUAGAAUCUAGGCUGAUAAUGUAGAAGGGAAUCAGAGCUGGCUUCUGCUUCCUCCAUUGCCAGUGCCAAAGGAGAUGAAUUGGGCUGACUUGUCCUCCCUCAUAAAAUGUUGAAAAACAAAAAGGAGUUUUCAACAUAAUGAAGAGUCCUCCACUUAAUCGAUGACGGAGGUGGACUCGGCAAAGAACUUGAAGAUCGACUGAUGUUGAAAGAGAGGUUGGGUUGAGAAUUUGUUCAUCCUCUGGCACUUCAUGGUGCAGUUGAUAUGGCAGGUAUAUUUGCAAUGAAGUGUGGCAUUGAAAGGGAAUGGAUUUUAAAUUCUCUUAAACUGUGUUUUCUUUUUAAAGAAAGACAUGGUUGGUUCCUCUUUAGAAUGGCUUGAAACUCUGAAAUGUUUCAUUAAGAUAUUAGCUUUUUUAAAAAAAAUGGUUUCAUGGUGGCCCAUUCUCUCCCCCCCCCACCCCAAUAAAAGAAAACUUGUGGCUGUGCAGCUGAGCUGCCCACACAUGGUGAACCUCUGGGAGGCCCCACAUCAGGUACACUUUGCAUUAGAGCACCCAAAUUAAGUGCGCCCCUCCUGGAGAGGGAGCACGAUGGGAGGGAAGGCCCCUCCCUCCCUCAUUGCUUGAUUUCAAGAGCUGCUAAAUGGAUCCCCUGUUCCUGGUUAGCUAAGGAAAUGUCUGCAGUUGUAUUUUAGCCCUGUGGACAGGGCUGGUCUCUUGAGGGCUGUUCAGCACGCUCUUCGCCUGGUAGCAAGAGUUCAUGGGGUCUGCAGUCCUUCACGUCCAAAGGGCCUUAUUCUGCAGACUCUUGCGGUGGGGCAGCUCUGUCAGACCUUGUCUGAUGCUAACCUUUCCCUCCCCUGCUCCUACUUAGCUAAUGAGGGGCAAGCUCUCUUUUCAUUUAUUUUUUUAGGAGAAAUAAAAGGAACUUGGAACUUGAGAGUGAUUGAUUCUUUACUUUGCUUCAAGAAAUAAUGUUUGCUAGUUUUGUUUUCUAAGCCCAUAUUUUUGAGGGGGUAAGAGAGAGAAAGAGAUUGUAUUUUCUUGGGAAAGUUAUUGAAGCUCAGAAGAGAAACACGCUCAGUUUUAUAUUCAGAUAAUUCUAUAGCAAGAGAGUGUAGAUAUUUUUGGACAGGGAAAUGGGACUAUGCAAAUUUGAAAGAAAAAUUGCUUGAAGAGUUAGUUUAACAUUUCCUAAACUUUGAGAUCUAAAAGCAGACUAAAAAACCUAAAGGCAUUUCUGUUGUCUAAAGCAAGUAUAGAAGAGAGAUGUUAGUUCCGCAGUUUUUUUUUUUUUAGAUGAUUCAUCAAAAAAUUUUGUGGGGCUGGAGGGGAAUGAAUCUUUUUUUAUCAUGGUUUUUAACUUGCUCCUCUGGUGUUUCUGUUCUUUGGCAACGGAAUACUGUGCUGUUUUUGAUUCAAUCGAUCGUGUUUGUAUUCUGUUACCUGGUUCCUAAUGUAGAGAAACGACAGAUAUAAAGAGGAAAUCACUAUAAUGUCAAAUGUCAUUACAAUUUUGGGGGAAAUAAAGGAUUUUGGGGGGGUACUUCACAUUU